AUGGGAUUGGGUUACUACUUUGGUCGUCUCUUGGGAAAAGCUGUAGGAACGAUGCACAACACAGACUGGUUCCGCGUGCGACGCAUCGUCGAUCCGCACUUUCAGUUGGGUGUCGUCAAGAACUUGCUGGGAAGGAUGGACGAUGAUUUUGGUACCUGGUUCGCCAAGUUGGAGAAGCACUCUGGGAUCACAAGACGCAGCGCCAGCGAAGAGCCAAUUUGGUUUGAAAUCGACGGCCUGAAAGUAGCGGAACGAACACCAUUCAAGGUUGUCGCCAGGGCUCUAUUUGAUCCUGUCAUGACUGAAGAGGACUUUGAAAAAAUGUACAAGAUGAACGAAAUCCACGAAAAACUUGUAGAAACUGCCUUCCUGCACCAAAUUCCUUCCUACCAUUGGUACAGGUUCUUACCUACGGCGGCGAACAAGCGGAUGGACCGCUACCAAGAGUUGUGGAAAGCUGUGGUGCUAGAUAUCAUUUCACGCGCGCAGAAGCAAAAUAAACCUUGUCCUAUCAGCGAAAUGUACAAAUCAGUUGAAAGCGGUGAUAUGGAACUCUUAGAGCUUCUUCAAACCGCAGACGAGAUUCUAUAUACAAAUAUCGAUGUUACCUCGACAUCCUUAACAUGGGGCCUUAUCCACCUUGCGCAGAAUCCUGAAGCACAGGAAAAAGCUCGUAAAGAACUAUUCGAGGCCCUCAACAAUCCACAGUAUGGUGCAACCGAGAAAGAGCGAACCGCAAAAUACAUUGAGAAGCAGAACACAUUCUUACACUUCUGUGUUUUGGAGGCCACAAGAUUAGUACCGCUUUUAUUCUACUCCCUUCCAGAGGUUACCGCAGAAGAGAAGCUCAUUUGCGGAUACCGCAUUCCUGCAAACACGUCGGUGCUUAUCGACGCUAAUACUCUCAACCGCACCGCCCCGAUCUGGCAGCCUGACGGCGACUCAUACCGUCCUGAAAGGUUCGCAAGCAUUUCACCGACAGAGUAUCGGUACGCCUUCUGGAGAUUUGGCAUUGGUCCGCGCAAAUGUGUCGGACAGUUCUUUGGCGAUAAAAUCGCCAAAAUGUUCCUUUUCCAUGCUCUGCGAAGAUUUGAGUUUGAAAUCGUGGGAACCGUAACAAAGAAAAAGGACCUCUUCGUCCAAACGCCAGAGUGCACCUUUCGAGUCCGGCCGUUGAAAGAUGACC